GUGAUGAUCACUAUAACAGUGCGUUCCUACUUUAGCACUGUUGAUUAACAUAUAGGAAACAGCAAUGCUCGUCAGUUUGUUUCUUGUACUGGCUGCAAUUUGGCAACCUGCAGAUGCCAAAAUAUGUCAGCACGGUUUUGUCAAAUAUUAUAAUAGCUGUUACUGGUUUUCUCCGAAAGCAAUGGUUGCAACUUGGGCUGAAGCAGAGUUAUACUGUAACACCAUGAAUUCCUACCUUGUCAUUAUUACGUCAGCCUUUGAAGACAACUUCAUCCGGGGACACCUGAGACAAAAAGCCCAAAAUUUUGUGUUCUGGAUUGGUGCCAAUGAUCUACAGAGUGAAGGUCACGUCCAGUGGAUGUCGAAAGGAUCACCUAAAGAUUUAAACUACACCAACUGGUAUCCAGGGCAACCAGAUAAUGCAGGAGGAGUAGAACACUGCAUAGAGGUCAGAAAGGAAUUUGGAUUCCGUUGGAAUGAUUGGCAGUGUUUCCAUCACGCGGGAUUCAUUUGUGAACAGUUUUAGAAGAAGCAGUAACUCGCGAGUGUGAACUCAAAUUCACAAAUAAAUAUUAUCUCGCUG